CGGCCCUCGAGAUGACAUCACAUGCGAAGGGCGCAAAAAUGCUACGCGGUGCUAAAGCAACGUGCAAGCGCUGCGAUCUUGUCCUCGGAUCUCACUCUGCCAUUCGCCUCACGGAGCGCAAGACCAUCCUCUCUACCAUGGCGAUCGCGUGGAAGCAGCACAUCCAGAACGCCAACUGGCCCAUGGUCUUCUACCUCACCUUUUGCCACGCGCUCGCUAUCGUCGGGCUCGUCGCGAUCCCGCAGUGCUCGUGGCAGACGCUCGCGUUCACGUUCGUGCUCGCCGAGCUCUCGGGUCUCGGCAUCACGGGCGGUGCCCACCGGCUGUGGAGCCACCGCGCGUUCAAGGCGCACUGGACCGUCCGCGUCUUCCUCAUGCUCUGCAACAUGGUCGCCAACCAGGGGACUGUCUACCACUGGAGCCGCGACCACCGCGUGCACCACAAGUACUCCGAGUCGGAAGCCGACCCGCACAACGCGCUCCGCGGCAUGUUCUUUGCGCACAUUGGCUGGCUCCUCGUCAAGAAGGACCCGAAGGUGAUCGAGGCCGGCAACAAGAUGAAGUACGACGACCUGCUUGAGCUCUUUGAGAUCCGGUGGCAGAUGGCCAUCAACCCGUGGGGCAACCUCUUCAUGAGCUUUGGCUUCCCGAUGCUCGUGUGCCACUACUGGUUCGGCGAGUCGCUCUGGAACGGGCUCAUGGUCGCUGGCUUCCUCCGCUACGUCGUCAUCCUCCACUGCACGUGGCUCGUCAACUCGGCGGCCCACUUUUACGGCGAGACGCCGUACGACCCCAAGAUCCACCCGACCGAGAACGCGAUCGUCGCGCUGCUUGCGAUCGGCGAGGGCUGGCACAACUGGCACCACGUCUUCCCGUACGACUACGCAGCCAGCGAGUUUGGCAUCGCGUCGCAGUACAACCCGACCAAGCUCUUCAUCGACAUUUGCGCCUACGUCGGCCUCGUCACGAACCGGAAGCGCGCGCUCAAGGCGUGGGAGGCGCGGCGCGCGAAGCGCGAGACCGUCGACGCGUUCGACAUCCCGGACGGCUACGAGCUCAAGGAGGGCGAGUGCGAGGACGCGGCGCCCAAGGCCAAGGCCGCGUAAACCCGAUAUGUUCUCCUUUUGUACUACUUCUAUAUCGAGACUGCUUCUUGCAGCGGUAAUAUACACACAAACUCA